AUGGUGUUUGCACUUUUCGGAAUCCCAAUGGGACUGGUCAUGUUUCAAUCUAUUGGUGAACGUGUGAACACAUUCAUAGCGUACAGUUUACAUAAAGUGAGUCUAAUUGUAAUUAAAAUAAAUGUCUUAAAAACCCGAAUUCAAUUCCAGUUCCGUGAUGGCCUGCAUCAACAAGGAUUUACGUGUCUACAAGAGGUAGGUGAAGCGAAAAACAGUUCCUAUGUAAAUAAUUUAAGGUUACACCAACUCAUCUUCUCAUGGUCUCACUCACAAUUGGUUUUAUGGUUAUCGCAUCGGGUGAGCAGUAAGGGAAACUUAAUUUUUACAGAAAAAACUUUUCAGGAACAUUAAUGUUUCACAAAAUGGAGAAGUGGUCGGUAUUCGACGCCUAUUACUUCUGUAUCAUCACUUGUAAGUGUAUAUGAUUUUUAGAUGGCAUGUUUUAAAAAAUUUUACAAACCCUGAUACAAUAAAGCGUAUUUUUAUCAGUUUCGGGUAGAUUUGCGCUCUACCAAAUGUUUUUUUCAGUCUCUACAAUAGGAUUUGGUGACCUGGUCCCGUUGCAACAGUCAAAUGCCCUUCAAGAACAGCCAAUCUACGUGUUCGCCACACUCAUGUUCAUUCUAGUAGGACUUGCCGUCUUUUCAGCCUGCGUGAAUCUUUUAGUACUUGGGUAAGGACAAUUUUUCUAGAAGCACCUAAAAAAUUCUCGGAAUUUUUAGAUUCAUGGCAGCGAAUGCGGAUGAAGUCACGGCAGCGCAACGAGAACCGCCGAGCGCCAUAGUUUUAGAGAGAUUUGCCAGAAACUCGUUGGUAGAAUCUCAGUUGUUCAAUAUUCAAAAACACAGCACAGUUGGAGUAUUGCCUGGAAGACCACGUAGAUUGGUACGUUUCCAUCGACCAUCACUAGUCAAUGUACUGUUGUUCACUUUUCAGUUUUCUAUAGUUCCCAAUGCUGAAGGAGAUAUCAAAAUCCGACGGAGAUCUACGAAGUUCGUGUUUGGGCAAAAACUGUGAACUCAUAACUUUACAAACUUAUUUCAUUUUUCAGAAGAAGCAUUCAAAGUGGUAUCGAAACGUUGUGUUGUGGAUGUUUCAAACCUCGACGCCAUCGACAUCGAUUCUCAUUAA